CAGAUUAAAGCUCUACUAUGAAAAAAACUCCCAACAAAAUAUGUAUAACCAGCUCCUACCCUCCAGAAAUUCAGCAUUUCUAUCUACUAUACAGGAGGGGGAUAUCCAAAGGAUUUUCUUCAAAUGCACAAAAUGGCAGCUGGAAGAAACGCUCGAUCCAAUCAACUGCCCGUACCACUACUAUUGCAACAACAACUAUCCCGGAGAUUACCCAUCUUGGGUUGACAGCUUGGCAAUUUUAUUCAUCACCAUCACGUUCUUAGCAACUGCAGUUUUCAUGGUGGUAGAGAUUAUAAGAGGGAGGAAGGGAGCAGGUCCCUUGACUCGACUCAAUCAGUUGAGGAGAUACUUUCUACCAUCAGGUCCAAUUUUCCUACCCAUCAUCCUUCUCAUCAUGGGAAAGGGACACAGGAUAAACUCUGCAUUCCCUCUGUCAUAUAAUGGUCCUGCAAUACUCCAUCUGGUUCGGAUAUCUGCUCUGGCAUUCGACACUGAAACUGAAAGCGACGUCAAGUAUGUAUUCCUUGAGGCAUCAACUAUAUCAGGUGAGUGCUCGUCCUGUGUAUGUCGGCAGCAGGUUCUAGCUGUGGGAGGGAUGCUGGUCUAUAGAGGAUGGUCGGUGACCACUGCUCUGGUAGUCGGUACUCUAAUAUUCAGGAUUUUCUCAAGGGUGACAACAGAAAGCAAAAGGAGAACCAAGUUGAUGAAGUCUACCAUGGAAAGUUUGAGUUGGAUCUUAAUGACUGUAGAAUGUUUCUAUCUACUAAUCAUUCCUCCACCUAUAAGAGCUUGGACAAGAGCAGCUAGUUUUAGUGGUGUGUUUGUAUUAAUGUGUCUCCAACUUCUAAAAAGGCUUACUACUUCUAUUGUUUCCUUAUUCAAUGACACGCCGCAAAAUGCAGGGUGGCAGUAGAUAAUUUUGCAACAGGAAAGAGGAAAAAUAUUUGUUCAAACAAACAAAUUAAUUGUAUUUCAUCAAUAGAAUAUUUGUUCACAGG